GGACUGGGGGAAAUCCUUAACGGAUUGCGUCAUAAAUACGUCAAUAAAUUCAUUCCCUGACGAUCAGGUACCACUGUAGCCGCCAUAUUCACAUCUAUGGCAGGGUAGCGGUGCUGUCCAAGCAUCCCGGCGCUGACCCAGAUCCCGUCCCGAUCGCGGUCUGCGGGAUCCGAUCGUAGCGGAACAGCCACAGUUCAACACCGGGAGGACAUGCGACGUGGAGCGGGCUCUGGGCGGACUAUGAUGCCUUAGAGUUGGAGGGAUCCUGGCACAAGAUGGAGGGAAACAGCGUUAUUAGUGAGGUCAAUGGACAUCAGAUCAUGGACGAGCCCAUGGAGGAGGGAGAGUCUUUCACACACUGUGAUGACGGGGCGUAUAAGGAGAUUCCCAUCACUCACCAUGUGAAAGAGGGCUGCGAGAAAGCUGACCCGUCUCAGUUUGAACUACUCAAAGUCCUCGGUCAGGGCUCCUUUGGCAAGGUAUUUCUUGUCAGGAAGAUCAUGGGUCCAGAUGCUGGUCAGUUAUAUGCAAUGAAAGUUCUAAAAAAGGCAUCUUUGAAAGUCAGGGAUAGAGUUCGCACUAAAAUGGAAAGAGACAUUUUAGUGGAAGUCAAUCAUCCCUUCAUAGUGAAAUUGCACUACGCCUUUCAGACAGAAGGGAAACUGUAUUUAAUACUGGACUUUCUCAGGGGAGGGGAUGUAUUCACUCGCUUAUCCAAAGAGGUUAUGUUUACAGAGGAAGAUGUGAAAUUCUACCUUGCAGAGCUGGCCCUGGCCCUCGACCAUCUGCACAACCUGGGCAUAGUUUACAGAGAUCUCAAGCCAGAGAACAUCUUACUUGAUGAAGCUGGACACAUAAAGUUAACAGACUUUGGCUUGAGCAAAGAAUCGGUGGAUGCUGAUAAGAAAGCUUAUUCCUUCUGUGGUACGGUGGAGUAUAUGGCCCCUGAGGUGGUCAACAGGAGAGGACACACACAGAGUGCAGACUGGUGGUCUCUGGGAGUACUUAUGUUUGAAAUGCUAACAGGGACGUUACCAUUCCAAGGGAAGGACCGCAGUGACACCAUGAACAUGAUUCUCAAAGCAAAGCUGGGAAUGCCGCAGUUCCUAAGUUUUGAAGCCCAGAGUUUGCUAAGAACGCUGUUUAAAAGAAACCCAGCUAACAGACUAGGGGCUGGACCUGAUGGCGUAGAGGAGAUCAAGCGCCAUGCUUUCUUUUCCACCAUCGACUGGAAUAAACUGUACAGGAGAGAGCUGCAGCCUCCAUUCAAGCCUGCAGCAGGUAAACCAGAUGACACGUUCUGCUUCGACCCAGAGUUCACCGCUAAAACGCCUAAAGACUCCCCAGGUAUCCCUCCCAGUGCAAAUGCCCACCAGCUCUUCAAAGGCUUCAGUUUUGUUGCUCCAACCUCAAUGGAUGAGAGCAAAAUCUCCCCACUGCUCAGCAUACUCCCUAUAGUUCAGAUGCAUGGGGGUGCAGCCAAGUUUUCUGAUCUGUAUGAGCUUCAGGAGGACAUAGGGGUUGGUUCCUACUCCAUUUGUAAACGCUGUGUACACCGAGUCUCUUCCAUAGACUAUGCUGUGAAGAUUAUCGACAAAAGUAAGAGGGACCCCUCUGAAGAGAUCGAAAUCCUGAUGCGAUAUGGGCAACAUCCCAACAUCAUCACUCUUAAAGAUGUGUACGAUGAAGGCAGGUAUGUGUACUUGGUGACAGAGUUGAUGAAGGGAGGGGAACUGCUGGAUAAGAUUCUCAGGCAGAAAUUCUUCUCUGAGAGAGAGGCCAGUGCUGUGCUCUACACCAUCACCAAGACUGUUGACUACCUCCACUGCCAGGGGGUGGUACACAGAGACCUGAAGCCCAGCAACAUCCUUUAUAUGGACGACUCGGGGAAUCCUGACUCCAUACGGAUCUGUGACUUUGGUUUCGCCAAGCAACUACGUGGGGGCAACGGCCUGCUUCUCACUCCCUGUUACACUGCCAAUUUUGUGGCACCAGAGGUACUAAUGCGGCAAGGUUAUGAUGCAGCUUGUGAUAUAUGGAGUCUUGGGGUUCUACUGUAUACCAUGCUGGCAGGGUACACACCAUUUGCUAAUGGGCCAAAUGACACACCUGAAGAGAUUCUUCUACGAAUAGGGUCUGGAAAGUUUUCUCUGACAGGUGGCAACUGGGAUACUGUAUCAGACUCAUCAAAGGACCUGCUGUCACAUAUGCUCCACGUGGACCCUCACCAGCGUUACACAGCGGAACAGGUUUUAAAACAUUCCUGGAUCACCUGUAGAGAUACGUUACCACACUUCCAGCUCACACGCCAUGAUGCCCCACACCUCGUCAAGGGAGCCAUGGCUGCCACCUACUCAGCUUUGAGCCAGAAGACAAGUCAGCCAGUGUUGGAGCCCGUUGCAGCCUCCAGUCUGGCCCAGAGACGCAGCAUGAAGAAACUCACCUCAACGGACAUGUAGAUGCAUACCGCUCGCCCGCUAACUUUGACCUGACACUUAUACUCACAUGCACAAAAACGGACCCAAAACUCUGGCCAGUCCAACCGUCUCAGUUUUUAACCUACUUAUUUAGCACACUCAUCAUAUACAUACACACACACACACGCACGCUGGAUGAGGUUUGAUAGAAGAGGGACACACACUCACAUAUCUAUUACUGCUGUGGAGACAAACUUGUAUUUAUUUCCACAGCUUUCAUAUGCACUUGCCCUCCUCGCCUUUCAUUCUUUCUUCCUUGUCUGGGGAAGGAACACACCAGCUGAUGUUCUACUUCACUGUGAUUGGCUGACUCAAAGCUGCUUUGGUAAACUGUGCCCCCUGCCCCGCCCACCUCCACACUGCUCUUCAUCUGCGCUUUGCCGUCUUCUCCUCCUCAGUGCUCUUCCUUUCCCCAUUUGCUUUGGCGCUGUUCUUUUCUUCAAAGUGAAACAAUGGUUUAUGCCUGAGCGUGUUGGCUAGAUAAUGUUGAUAUUGAGGGAAAAUGUCGGUCCAAAAGCAUCUCUCGAGACUCAUGCAUUUUAAAAUGUUACGCUUCCACAUGUACAGAUAUCCUUCCAGCAGGAGAUUUCAAAUAAUAAUUAAAAAACAGUCCCUUAAGAUCAAGCUCAUCUACCAGCACCGUUGAUAACAUAAAUGCAUGUGUCGAUGGAACGUGUACUUCUCUUUCCUUUGAAUUUCAUCGUCUGACUCUUGUUACUUUGUGAUGCCUCCAGUGUAUCAAAAGAGUAAAAUAAGCUGCAGAUGGACAGAAGAUACUUCAGACAUUUUAGAGAAUGUGGUAAGAUAUUAAGUUUGUUCAACAAAAAACGAGGAUUAUGAAGAGCAUGUGGAGGAGCUGUAGGGAUUUCUCUGGGGGGGAUGGGAUGUACUCUGUCGAACCAGAGAGGCUGAAUUAACAAAUUUCCAUUGAUAUCUCUUCUAAAAGACAUUGUGGAAAUUGUAUGAUAUUGUAUUUAUUUUAUUUGAUUUUUAAGAUUCUAUUUUUCUUUCAGGUUCUGUAUAUAUUGACAUUAAAGAUCAUUAUUGACAUGCA